AUGGGAGGGGACAAAGCCAUCAACUUGGAGGCCAUCAAGAAUGAGACCGUUGAUCUGGAAAAGAUUCCGAUCGAGGAAGUGUUCGAGCAGCUUAAAUCUUCCAAAGAAGGUUUGACCACUGAAGAAGGGGAUCAGCGGCUCCAAAUCUUUGGGUACAACAAGUUGGAGGAGAAAAAGGAAAGUAAGAUACUCAAGUUCCUUGGGUUCAUGUGGAAUCCCUUGUCAUGGGUCAUGGAAGCUGCAGCCAUCAUGGCUAUCGCGCUUGCAAAUGGCGAUGGGAAGCCUCCUGAUUGGCAGGAUUUUGUGGGUAUCAUGUGCUUGCUCGUUAUCAACUCUACCAUCUCCUUCAUCGAGGAGAACAAUGCCGGUAAUGCCGCUGCAGCCCUGAUGGCCAAUCUUGCUCCUAAAACGAAGGUUCUGAGGGAUGGGAAGUGGAGUGAACGUGAGGCAGCCGUCUUGGUUCCCGGAGAUAUCAUUAGUAUCAAGCUUGGAGACAUCAUUCCAGCAGAUGCUCGUCUCCUCGAGGGUGACCCCCUGAAGGUUGAUCAAUCUGCUCUCACUGGUGAAUCCCUCCCAGUGACAAAGAACCCCCAUGAUGAAGUCUUCUCGGGCUCAACCUGCAAGCAGGGCGAGAUUGAGGCAAUUGUGAUUGCCACCGGGGUCCACACCUUCUUCGGGAAGGCAGCACACCUUGUCGACAGCACAAACCAAGUCGGGCACUUCCAGAAGGUCCUAACUGCAAUUGGGAACUUCUGCAUCUGCUCCAUUGCAGUUGGGAUGUUGAUCGAGAUCAUUGUCAUGUAUCCGAUUCAGCACCGGAAGUAUCGGGACGGGAUUAACAACCUCUUGGUGCUCUUGAUCGGAGGUAUCCCCAUUGCUAUGCCCACGGUCUUGUCCGUGACAAUGGCAAUCGGUUCCCACAGGCUGUCCCAGCAGGGGGCAAUCACAAAGAGAAUGACUGCAAUUGAGGAGAUGGCAGGAAUGGACGUCCUCUGCAGUGAUAAGACGGGGACUCUGACACUCAACAAGUUGAGCGUCGAUAAGAACUUGAUCGAAGUUUUCGUGAAAGAUGUGGACAAGGAGGGUGUGAUCCUCCUCGCUGCUCGGGCUUCUAGGACAGAGAACCAGGACGCUAUUGAUGCAGCCAUUGUUGGAAUGCUCGCUGAUCCUAGAGAGGCACGAGCUGGAAUCAGAGAGGUGCAUUUCUUUCCAUUCAAUCCCGUGGACAAGAGAACUGCUUUGACUUACAUUGAGUCCAAUGGGACCUGGCAUCGAGCAAGCAAAGGGGCCCCUGAGCAAAUUUUGAAUCUUUGCAAUGCUCGAGAGGAUAUGAGGAAGAAGGUCCAUGCUAUCAUCGAUAAGUUUGCCGAACGUGGGUUGCGGUCGUUGGCAGUUGCUAGACAGGAAGUGCCGGAGAAAACAAAAGAAAGCUCCGGGGCCCCCUGGCAGUUUGUGGGCCUUCUUUCUCUCUUUGACCCUCCAAGGCACGACAGUGCAGAAACCAUUCGCAGAGCGCUCAAUCUCGGGGUGAAUGUUAAGAUGAUAACGGGUGAUCAACUUGCCAUUGCUAAGGAGACGGGAAGGAGACUUGGUAUGGGAACUAAUAUGUAUCCUUCUGCUUCCUUACUUGGACAAGACAAGGAUGCAAGCAUUGCAGCACUUCCUGUGGAGGAACUAAUCGAGAAGGCUGAUGGGUUCGCUGGAGUUUUCCCAGAGCACAAGUACGAGAUUGUGAAGAAACUGCAGGAAAGGAAGCACAUAUGUGGAAUGACAGGGGAUGGAGUUAACGAUGCCCCUGCUCUGAAGAAGGCCGACAUUGGAAUUGCCGUUGCUGAUGCUACUGAUGCUGCUCGGAGUGCUUCUGACAUUGUUCUUACCGAGCCUGGUCUGAGCGUCAUCAUUAGUGCAGUGCUAACUAGCCGGGCAAUAUUCCAGAGAAUGAAGAAUUAUACUAUAUAUGCUGUCUCCAUCACUAUCCGUAUUGUGUUCGGUUUCAUGCUCAUUGCUCUUAUAUGGAAGUUCGACUUCUCUCCUUUCAUGGUUCUGAUCAUUGCCAUACUGAAUGAUGGUACGAUUAUGACUAUCUCAAAGGAUCGUGUGAAGCCAUCUCCAAUGCCAGAUAGCUGGAAACUGAAGGAGAUCUUUGCGACUGGGAUUGUGCUCGGAGGUUACUUGGCCUUGAUGACUGUUGUUUUCUUCUGGGCAAUGAAAUCAACCGACUUCUUUUCCGAAAAAUUCCAUGUGAGAUCACUGAGAGAUAAUCGGGAAGAAAUGAUGGCCGCUCUGUACCUACAAGUGAGUAUCGUGAGUCAAGCUUUGAUCUUUGUCACCCGAUCCAGAAGCUGGUCAUUUGUUGAACGCCCGGGUCUGCUUUUAGUCACUGCCUUCAUUAUUGCACAACUGAUUGCAACGGUGAUAGCGGUAUAUGCGAACUGGGGAUUUGCGGAGAUCAAAGGGUGCGGUUGGGGAUGGGCAGGUGUGAUCUGGCUCUAUAGCAUCGUCUUCUACCUUCCAUUGGAUCUCAUCAAGUUUGCUAUCAGAUACAUUCUAAGUGGAAAGGCUUGGCUCAACUUACUCGAGAACAAGACUGCCUUCACGACCAAGAAAGACUAUGGUAAGGAGGAAAGGGAAGCUCAGUGGGCCCUCGCACAGAGAACCCUUCAUGGGCUUCAGCCACCAGAAGCCUCUGCACUCUUCAACGACAAGAGCAGUUAUAGGGAGCUGUCGGAGAUCGCCGAGCAGGCCAAGAGACGAGCUGAAGUCGCGAGGCUUCGGGAGCUGCAUACGCUGAAGGGACAUGUCGAGUCAGUUGUGAAGCUGAAGGGAUUGGACAUUGAUACAAUCCAGCAGCACUACACAGUGUGAGAUACUCUCGUGAAAUAUCGCCCCGAGAAAGGAGAAGAGGAAGAAGCCUUAAGGCUCCGAUGUUGGCGACUUAGAAUAGCGGAGAAGAUGAGAUGGAUCUGUCCCUCAUCCUGUCUCCCUUUAGCUAGCUUAUUAGAUAAAAGUUUGUGGUGGAGCACUGUCUCCCUAAUGUUCUAAAUUUCCAUAACGUUUCCCUUGGCAUAAUUUCUGGGAAUUCCAUUGUCGUCGCAGUUGCUGCACUUUUAUAUAUGCAGUCCAACUUCCUUCGAGUUAUAUAUCUUGAUCACAUGC